UGAUUGGCUGCACGUCAUAUGAGUGCUCUGCCCUGCCCAGCUCUUGGGCUGAGAUGGCAAAGGUGGUGGAAUAGCCACCCGCAGAAGCUCCCCCACAGCGUGGAGGCUGCAGCUGCCAGGAUGCCGCGCUCCUUUCUGGUGAGAAGCAAGAGGGGCCCAAACCACCCAGGGCAGCGACCAGAGGGUCUUGGCGAUCCAGCCUGGGGAGUGCCCCGAGCAGGGCCGGAGCCAGCCCAGCCCCCCGAGCUGGGGCACGGGGCAGAGGAAGGGAGCAGAGCCCAUCCCAGGGUCUUGGAAAGCUGCGGGGUGCAGGAUAGGGAGGGGGCAGCCAGCCAGCCGCAGUGCAGCCCCCCCGCUGAGAUGGACUUCAGCCAGAGCUGGGCCUGUCGGCCCCUGCCAGGCGUGAGCAGCCCCCCAGACGUGUCAUUCAAGCCCUUCUGGAGCAGCUACCGCAACCCUGAGUUGCAGCACCUGGUGCAGAGUGUCCUGCCACCGGCGCUGGGCUCCGGGAGGGAGCUGGGCAGGGACGCUGAGGGGACCUCUGGCCUCCUGGGAUCUCUCCUGCUCUUCUCCAAGCCACCACACGGGUGCAGCUGCUGUGACAAGGGCCUCCCUGGAGCCCAGCGCCUCAGCAGACACCUGAAAUGCUCAACGCUCUGCAGCCACGUGGCCCCAUGGGGGAUGUGUGGCCACCCGGGUGGCCUGCAGCACCAGCCUGCCCCUCCCAGCCCGGGCAAAGGGAAGCCAGAGGUGAGGAGCUUCCCCUGCCGGAUCUGCGGGAAGCAGUUCAAGCGCUCGUCCACACUCUCCACCCACCUGCUCAUCCACUCGGACACGCGCCCCUUCCCCUGCCCCUUCUGCGGGAAACGCUUCCACCAGAAAUCCGACAUGAAGAAACACACCUUCAUCCACACAGGUGAGAAGCCUCACAAAUGCCAGCUGUGUGGCAAAGCCUUCAGCCAGAGCUCCAACCUCAUCACCCACAGCCGCAAGCACUCGGGGCACAAGCCCUUCGCCUGCUCCCUGUGCCCCAAGGGCUUCCAGCGCAAAGUGGACCUGCGGCGCCACCAGGAGACCCACGGGCUCUUCCACAGCCCCGGGGGCAGCCAGUCGCUGGGUGCCCUCCGCUAGGGACCAGGCAGGCGGGGCCCAGGACACUUGGCCUGCAGGAGGAGCUGUGGAGGUCAGAGGAGAAACCCCAGAGCUGAGGGGCCUCCUGGAUCAUCCCCCAAGCUGCCAUCACGCCCUGCCCCCUGUUGCCUGGAAGGUGCUGCGGGGGCCUACAGCCACCAUGUGAUGGAGCAGGAGGAGGAUUCAGCUGCCUGCCCUUAGUGGGCCCCUCUUGCCAGCCAGACCCUGGGUCCCCCCAUGGCUGAAGGUGGGCACAGUGGGACAGUCAGGGGCACUGUUUGGGGUGAGGUGGGAGCACCAGUCUGGUUGCCGUGGGACUUCUCUGCAUCUGGCUUCCUGCAUGAGCAUCUCCCCAGGGGGCUGGGCUAGGGGAGAGAGAGGGGUGAGCUGUGAGCUGCAGCCCCCGACCCAGACGCAGGGGAGAGAUGUGAGCUGAGAUCUGUCCUGUGCCCCAGUAAGCAGAGAUGGUUCCUCAGCCCGUCGCUGUAACCCUCCUCCGGCUGCCGGCAGAGAAUUAAAGGAUGUGAGCGGAAAGCAGCCUGCGUCCAGGCCCCUGGCAGCAGCGACACCGCGAGCAAUAACACACAGCGGCACCGGCACGUCCUCUGCAGUCACAUUUAUACCUAGAAAGUGCAAACACUAGCCACAGCUGGCACCGCAGCCCCGA